UAGAUCUUUGAAGAUUGAAGAGGUUGCACCUGACAUUUUGCACCAUGUCUUGUCACUGGAAAAGUGGAUCUGUAAGAUCAUCCUGCAGCAGCAUCAGUACUCACAGGGUCAGCAGCCUGGCUGGGGACUUAGCUUUGGGAUCUGAGCACUUAUUAGUUGGAGGUCAUAGUUCAAGUGAUGCCCUCCUGCAUGGAGGAGAAAAGGAGACCAUGCAAAACCUUAACAUAAGACUGGCUUCCUACCUGGACAAAGUCAAAGCCCUGGAAGAUGCUAAUGCUAGCAUUGAAACAAAGAUCAAGGAGUGGUACAUUAAGCACCAGCCAAAGGUAGAGGACUACAGCCCUUACUUCCAUAUCAUUGAGGAGCUCAAAUCCAAGAUCUUAACUGAAAGUUCUGAGAACGUAAAGAUUUUUCUUCAAAUUGACAAUGCCAAGUUGGCUGCAGAAGACUUCAGAAUUAAGUAUGAGAAUGAACUUUGCCUGUACCAAAGUGUUGAAGCAGACAUUUGUGGCCUACGUAGAGUAUUGGAUGAGCUGAAUUUUGCCAGGUCUGCUCUUGAACCACAGCUCCAGAGCUUGAAAGAAGAAAUUGAAUGUCUGAAGAGGACCCAUGAAGCGGAAAUUAAUGGCUUGAAGCGAGAAAGAGCCGAUAUUAAUGUGGAAAUGAAUGCUGCACCAGGAGUGGACCUAGGCAAACUUCUGAAUGACAUGAGGGCUCAGUAUGAAGAAAUUGCUGAGCAGAACAGGCAGAAGGCUGCAGACUGGUUUAUUGAAAAGAGUGCUGAACUUAACAAGGAGAUCUCACACAGCAGCGAGAUCGUUGAAUGUCACAAGACCCAACUGAACGAGCUAAGACGUACUCUUCAAGAACUGGAAAUUGAGCUACAGGCCCAACUUGCCAUGAAAAAAUCCUUGGAGUGCUCAUUGGCUGAGACAGAGGGAUGCUACAACGGCCAGCUGUCACAACUGCAGGAUUAUGUAGGAAAUCUUGAAGAACAGUUGAGUCAGAUCCGCAGUGACCUGGAAAGGCAGAACGCAGAAUACAAACUUCUUCUGGACAUCAAGACCCGUUUGGAAAUGGAGAUUCAGACUUACCGCCGGCUACUAGAUGGGGAAUCAUGGCAUUGCAAGGAAGUCAUAGUCCCUGCCAAAGAGCCAAGUAAAACCAGGAAAGUGACAACAAUCGUGGAAGAAGUGGUCAAUGGCAAAAUUGUAUCACAAAAAGUGAACGCAACUGAAGAGAAGCUCAAGAUCUAACUAUUCCAUCAUUGCCAUAGGCGUUGUCCUGAAUUAUGCACUGUCCGCUUGGGCAUAAAUAUCUCUUUGCUUUCACUACUUAAUAAAUCUUA